CGAGAAGGUCUUGGGUUUGAAUCCCGGCCAUGUUGGCAUGGGCUCUCCCAGGGGUACUUUCUAAAAACACGCCUGUUGUAUUGACUGGUCUCUGUGUGUUGUCACCACAUGAGGAAACGGAGGCAGACACAGAAACGAGUGGAAAAGGUUCCGCAGACAGAUGAUCCUGAGGUUCUUCCAUUCAUCAGUGUCUCCUGGGGACGGUGUUUGUGAAAGUGUGCCUGACCUGCUCCUGAUUUGGGGGGUAUUCUUCACUAAUUAUACGCCGUGCUCCUGGGAGAGCUUCUCCAUGCAGUCAGGUCACCUAUUCCAGCUCCAGCUAAUUGUGGUGUGUGCUUCCCUCUGAGGGAUCAUCCUGAACUAUAACGCGUCCCGGGUGGGAUGAUGUGCAUCCCUCAAACCUCAUUACUGUGUUUGCUGCCCUGAAACCCUUCAGUUUAUCAUCCCCACAAACACACGGCGAGCGUUAAAAGCCCAGAGGAAGAGGAGCAGAGCAGGGAUGGACGGCGUUCUUAAGCCGGGGAAGUUUCACACCUGAAACUGUGUCAUCGCAGUUCUUCCUCCUCGCCUGCCUCCCUCCCCCCCCGGCCGUCUCUCUGCUCUGCAGGAAUCCAGUCCUGCUGGCAGAAGGUGAGGCUCGUCUCUGCUUCCCAGCCUCACUUUGGAGGAAGGCUCCCAGCGUCGCCUCAGCUGCCGCUCACAUCAUCGACUCUGAAACAUCAGGAUGCAGCGCAUCAGGGAAAGCAUCCACAUCCGCACCAUGAAGGCCAAGAGGAAAGUGGAGGAGAUCUCCAAAGAGGACGUCCAGGCCUUCCUGAAGAAGAACGCCUUCGUUCUCUUCACAGUGGGAGCGGUGGUUGUAGGAAUCAUCCUGGGCUUCGCUCUGCGCCCGUACAAGAUGAGCUACCGGGAGGUGAAGUACUUCUCCUUUCCUGGAGAGGUUCUGAUGAGGAUGCUGCAGAUGCUGGUCCUGCCUCUGCUCGUCUCCAGCCUGAUAACAGGGAUGGCAGCUCUGGACAGCAAAGCGUCAGGAAAGAUGGGCAUGAGAGCGGUGAUUUACUACAUGACCACCACCAUCAUCGCGGUCUUCAUCGGGAUCAUCAUCGUCCUCAUCAUCCAUCCAGGAAAAGGCUCCAAAGCCGAGUUUGGGAAACAGCAGACCAUCGAGCAAGUCAGCCCCGCUGACGCCUUCCUGGAUCUGAUCAGAAAUAUGUUCCCGCCUAACCUGGUCCAGGCCUGCACCCAGCAGUUUAAGACCAGAUACGGGAAGCGGAAGGUCCAGGUGACGAUCACGGUCAACGACACCAUCUUCAACUCCACCAACGCCACCCAGGAGGUGAUGGAGAUCACCAGGGAGGAGGUGAUCCCGGUACCGGGUCAGGUCAACGGCGUCAACGCUCUGGGGCUGGUGGUCUUCUCCAUGUGCUUUGGUCUGAUAAUCGGCAACAUGAAGGAGCGGGGCCAGCUGCUCAGGGACUUCUUCGACAGCCUCAACGACGCCAUCAUGAGCCUGGUGGCCAUCAUCAUGUGGUACGCUCCCAUCGGCAUCCUGUUCCUGAUAGCAGGGAAGAUCGUGGAGAUGGAUGACCUGACGCAGAUGGGCGGUCAGCUGGGCAUGUACACCAUCACGGUCAUCAUCGGCCUGAUGAUUCACGGCGUUCUCAUUCUGCCCAUGCUCUACUUCGUCAUCACUCGACAGAAUCCCUUCAUCUUCAUCGCUGGGCUCUUACAAGCUCUGGUCACAGCUUUGGGAACCUCCUCCAGCUCUGCUACGCUGCCCGUCACGUUUAAAUGUCUGGAGGAGAACAACAAGAUCGACAAGCGCAUCACGCGGUUCAUCCUGCCGGUCGGCGCCACCAUCAACAUGGAUGGAACGGCGCUGUACGAGGCGCUGGCGGCCAUCUUCAUCGCCCAGGUCAACAACAUGGAGAUGAACUUUGGUCAGAUCAUCACCAUCAGCAUCACAGCGACCGCCGCCAGCAUCGGCGCCGCGGGGAUCCCACAGGCGGGCCUGGUCACCAUGGUCAUCGUCCUGACCUCUGUUGGGCUUCCUACCGAUGACAUCACGCUCAUCAUCGCAGUUGAUUGGUUCCUGGACCGUCUGCGGACCACCACCAACGUUCUGGGGGACUCGAUCGGAGCCGGGAUCGUGGAGUUCCUGUCCCGACACGAGCUGCGCAGCAAAGACGUGGAGAUGGGGAACUCUGUGUUGGAGGAGAAGGAGCGGAAGAAGCCUUACAAGCUCAUCUCCCAGGACAGCGACUUGGAGAACGACAGACGCACCCACAGCGAGUCCAACAUGUAGUCCCACCUUCUGCUGAACGCACAACCUAAAGUUCUGGUUCUGUCCUUAACGUUCUAACGUCAUCCCAUCAUAAACACGUUUUAUUCAUCCCAGGUGAUAAAAAUAAAAACAUUAUUGUCUUUUAUCUGAAGUAGAGCCGCUAGAUUCUGUUUAAAUGUUUCUAACGUUAACUUCACUCAUUCCUGCAUGAGCUGAUUGGACUUUAUGUUACAGCUAAUGUUAAAUUAUGGGUUAAAAGGUAAAACCCUUUCAUGUAAAAGUUGGAAAAAAAGGGAAGAAAUCACAUCUAUGGCUUUAAAAAUCACUUUUUUACCAUUGAUUGUAAUGUUGUAGUUAAAGUUCUGGGUCUGAACAUCUGGGACAUUUUUGAAAGGUGGAUCCGAGCUGAGGCCUUUUUACGCGCCCUGAACUACCAGAGCAUGUAGAUCUGCUGCAUGAUGAACGAUAAUAAAUGGGAUUAUUUGUGAAAA